CUCUCAAAAUGUUUGGCUGUUACGAAGUCAACGACACGACCACUUACUACAAGGAGGUCGUGCCCAAAGAAGACUGGCCUCCGCCGCAUAUGAUGAUAGUCGAAACGCCGAUUCCCUGUGACGGUCUGUUUUCACAGAUUCAACCUACAGACCCGUCCUACAGAUACACAGUGGUGGUGUUGUACGCGGUCAUCUUUGUGAUGUCCCUGGUAGGAAACACCUUGGUGAUCUACACGGUGCUGUUCGAUAGGACGAUGCGGACGGUGACCAACAUGUUUCUGGUGUCCCUGUCUGUCAGCGACCUGCUCAUCACGCUUCUCAGUAUCCCCUUUCACAUCCUCUGGGCGCUGAAACGCUUUGAAUGGGAAUAUGGAGACCUACUGUGCAGGUUGCCGCAGUACAUCAAGGGCCUGUCCGUGACUGCGAGUAUCCUGUCCCUGACUGCGAUCUCGGUGGAACGCUACCUGGCCAUCCUGCGCCCCCUAGCGGCUCAGCGCUACCUCUCCAGGUUUCGUCUGACCGCGGCCGUGACGCUGAUCUGGGCGGUCGCCUCGCUGGUCUACAUCCCCCAGCUGCUCUACCUGGGUGUCAGGACUAUACCUCAAGAACUUGCCGCCAGGGGUCCUCCCUGCACGCACGACUACUGUGACCUCUUCAACUUCACCAUCAAAUUCAGCUUUCUGAGGUGCGAGGACGCGUGGGACUCGCCUGAAGCAGAGAGGGCGUACACGCUUUGUCUGUUCUUAUUUCUUUUCUUUCCCGUGGCUAUUAUGGGGGGUUUGUAUGGUAGGGUGGCCGUGCAUCUGUGGUUUUGGCAGCCGGCUGGCGAGCAUAGCAGCGUCCGCCUGCGUAACGUAAACACCAAGCGCGUAGUUCGCGUCCUGGUCCUUUUCAUCUUCGUGUUUGUCAUCUGUUGGGCCCCUUACUUCGUGAGUGUGCUCUUGCGUUUGGGUCACAAGAACGAGGGUGAUACAGGGACUGAGGGGUACUACCUACACGGGAGUUUUACCGUGAUUGCCCACGCUAAUUCUGCCGUUAACCCGUUUCUCUACGCCCUAAUGAGCCAGCGUUUUCGGGAACGGUUGGCUUGUUGUCGUAAAGGCAAAGCUAACAUUGCCAGUGGGUCGAAAGCAGCUAACAUGAAACCGUUGGAAACUGUGACCAAACGCACCAGGGCGUCCACGUUUGGGGAAAGCCAACAGGUGGUCGCACCACUGCACAUUGAAAUCCAGUUGAAUUAAACCAUGGAACACAAUAACUUAGGUCCUUUUCCAACUAGGAUAAAAUUGUCCGGAUCGAUCCGAAUUGAUUCGCUUUGAUCCGGUUAUAUCUGGUUUCGAGCCGGAUCAAUUCGGCUCGAGCUCGAUCAGGAAAUUUUACUGAAUGGGGACUUAGUCCUGCGCUCACCUCCGCGUAGGGAUGCAAAAUAAAGACAUGCACAUGCGAAAAUUUGAUAGCCCCUCUCUCAUUGCUCGAACCGCUAAUUGCCAUGCUAUCAUUGGCUGAAGUGCUAUAUCAAUAAGUCAGGACGAGUCGAUAUUUUCUGAGAGGGCGGUGCUUUAAUACGAGGCAUUUGGUUUUUGAGUACAGAUAUAUUAUGCUCAAAACUGUGUCAUUCUAGCAACGUUACAUGUCCAUUUAGUCAAGUCUUAAUGCGCUUCAUA